UUAAUUCAUAAUAAAUUUACAGUUUUCUCAGGUCCAGGUCAGUUGUUCUCGUACAAUAAUAAAUAUAAAUGUUUCGGCUUUACGCAAAUGGAUUUGUUUUGAAUAGCGUAAGCUAGAAGCUAGAUAAUACGAAGAAUUUGAAAUACCUAGUAAACGGAAUAUCUGUUUAAAUGAACCACAUUCGGCCGUCUUGAGGAAAAACCAGCGUUUUCGGCUAUACUUUUCUUUGUGAUUGUAAUUAUUGAUUAUAGUAUCUUAGGAAUAGGAUUGACGUUUCUCAGAAAAAUUUUAGGUAGGAGUUUCUGAAAAGAUCGUAGGUACAUAUGUAAAUUUUACCGAGAAACGUCAGUUCUAUAAAAAUGAGUAAUUUCGUUAUUCCAUAAAAUGAAGCGAAAUACACCAGUGAUUUGAUUCAAAAACGGCCAGGCUCCAGAAAAAUAUUAUGGUUAUGUCAUUAUUGGAAUGUAUUGAGAAUUUAUGCAUACUAAAUUUUCUCUUACGAAUCUUUUAAGGCUGAGCAAUGUCUGCAAUAAAUGCAAACGCACCCUCUUCAGCGGACGCCUGCCUCAGCAUAGUACACAGUUUAAUGUGCCACAGGCAGGGUGGUGAAAGUGAAGGUUUCGCUAAAAGAGCUAUCGAAUCGUUAGUGAAGAAACUUAAGGAAAAAAGAGACGAACUAGACUCUUUGAUCACAGCAAUAACCACAAGCGGGGCGCAUCCCAGCAAAUGUGUAACGAUACAAAGAACACUCGACGGACGAUUGCAAGUCGCCGGAAGGAAGGGUUUUCCUCAUGUAAUAUACGCAAGAAUAUGGCGGUGGCCGGAUUUGCAUAAAAACGAACUGAAACACGUCAAAUACUGCCAGUUCGCAUUUGAUUUGAAAUGUGAUUCGGUCUGCGUGAAUCCGUAUCACUACGAAAGGGUCGUAUCUCCGGGUAUAGACCUAUCCGGUCUGACGUUGCAAUCCGGAACACCGAGGCUCGUCAAGGAUGAGUACACGGCCGGUGCUGUGGCUGGCAACAGCAUGGAAAUCGACGGUGAUAUGGGAAUCAACGUGUCUCAGACUAUUCAGCAUCACCCGCCACAGCAAAAUUUCACCCUCACCAAUUUGCAACCUCCUCCGACAAGUGAUCCAGCAGUAUAUAAUUCAUCAAAUAGGCCCAGUAUGGGGUCAUCAACAGUACCAAAAAUUGAAAGUGGACCAGAUACUUCCAGAACAAAUUGGUUGCCUCAUAUGCAAAUACAUCGCCAAAAUCCAGUAUACAACACACCUCAGGCGCAACCUGUGCAAGAAAGACCGCAAGAAGCCAUACCGCAAAGUUUAGCGGCCAAUUCUCCAGUUUCGCCACCUCUUCAACAAAACGGAUUCAGCAAUUCGAGCAGCACCGCCGUCGCGUCCAACAAUAACGGAACAGUCUCAGGGACACAACCGACCAAUACCAUAGGACAAGCAUUUACAGGCGCAGGCGGCACAUGGACCGGUUCAAAUACCUUGACCUACACGCAAUCCAUGCAACCGCCAGACAACAGAAACCAUCACACCACCUACUGGAACCACAAUUCGCCGAACCAAAUCAGCUCGGAAGUUAGCAUAGCCGGCCUGCUAUCUUCCCAGCCGGCGCCGGAAUAUUGGUGCUCGGUGGCCUACUUCGAGCUCGACACCCAAGUGGGCGAGACGUUCAAGGUGCCAUCGAAUUGCCCGAACGUCACCAUCGACGGCUACGUGGACCCGUCGGGCGGCAACCGGUUCUGCUUGGGCGCCCUCAGCAACGUGCACAGGACCGAGCAGAGCGAGAGGGCGCGCUUGCACAUCGGCAAGGGCGUGCAAUUGGAUCUCAGAGGCGAAGGGGACGUGUGGUUGAGGUGUUUGAGCGAUCACUCGGUGUUCGUGCAGAGUUACUAUUUGGACAGGGAGGCCGGCAGGCAACCGGGCGAUGCCGUGCACAAGAUUUAUCCCGGUGCUUACAUUAAGGUUUUUGACUUGCGACAGUGCCAUCACCAGAUGACGACUCAGGCGGCUACGGCUCAGGCUGCCGCAGCAGCGCAGGCAGCUGCUGUCGCUGGGCAUAUUCCAGGUCCUCAUUCGGUCGGUGGAAUAGCUCCGGCUAUAAGCUUAUCUGCGGCGACAGGUAUAGGCGUCGAUGAUUUGCGCCGCUUGUGCAUUUUAAGAUUGAGUUUCGUGAAGGGCUGGGGACCGGAUUAUCCCCGGCAAUCGAUCAAAGAGACGCCCUGCUGGAUAGAAGUCCACCUGCAUAGAGCGCUGCAGCUGUUAGAUGAAGUCUUACAUACGAUGCCAAUAGAUGGUCCUCGAGCAAUAGAAUAAAGUACAGAUGGAGUAGGUUUGAAUACCUCGCUCACAACCUGAAGAAACAAUAUAUUUUCUUAAGGAGAUCGCACUUCAUUAUUCAUGCGUGUUUGUGUGUUCGAAUGCAUGUCUGCAUGUGUACUAGUUGUACUCUAAUUCAAAAGGCUGUUUCUUUAGAUUUUUUUUAAGUGGGAGCCGCGAUAGACCCUGCAUCCUUAUUUUAAUAAAAAGUAUUUUUUUAAGUUUAUUUACAAUUUACAUGACGUGUUUGUGUAUUGCUGUAAUCCUCACUAGACAAUAUUGCUGUUGGAUAAAUAAAUCAAAGGAAUCAGGGAUUUAAACCAGCUACUAUUUUAUAAAACAAAUAUGUUUCCACUGUUUGAUCGAGUUCCAGAUCGGAAACCCGAAUGAAAUUCAUUUGACGAUUCUAAUGUUUUUGUUGUACUAAAAAUUGUUUCUUUUUCUAAGCAAUUUAUGGAAAGAGAUAUGGAAUGGUCAUUUUAAAUUUUGAUUAUUUUGUAUAUAAUAUGCUAUAUUAUAAAUGUAAAAAAAAUAAAAUGUAAUUGUGUUUGUAUAAAACACCAGAAUUUGGAAAAAAGUUUAUUACUAUAUUAAAAGUUCUUGAUACACGUAAUAUCUAAUAAUAGAUUCCCGUUAUUUUU